AUGACGGAUACGUUGCUACUCAAAGAAAUGGAACAAAGAGGGAUUCCCUUAAAGAAUUCUUGGCUGUCGUUGGUCGUAAAUCACCUUGUUCAUCAGAGAAAAUAUGCUCGAGAGAACAUAACAAUCGAACUAAUCUUACCCUUUUUUAUAGCGUCCGAUAUUCGUAGUUCUACAACUGGAGCAAGUGCUGCAUCAUAUGAUAUUUCCAACCAGCAUAAUAUUACACUUUCCAACCCGUUAUUGGUACAAGUGGUUAGGAUCAGGGAAAUCGGGAAAAGCAUCGUAAGCCAGCUCGAAUAUCUGAAUCAACUGGAAGAACGGAAAAAACUAAAAGGCCAGCAAAUUAUUCGGCUAGUGGACGAAGAAGAUCGAGAAGACAAAGAAGGCGACGACAGCGGUAUCGCUGAGGCGCAAGAAGCCAUAUUUGAUGGAAAAGGUUUUAAGUGUAUGUGUCGACUGGUGUUAGAAGAUGCGAAUGGACAAAGAUUUUAUGGUAUGGAAUGGAAAUCAAUUCCAGGAAUCCAACUGGACACGAAUUUAGGAACAAAACUUCUUAUUCAGAAUGCCCAGAUAAAGAGAGGAACACUUCUUCUCACUCCCGAAAACACAGAGAUAUUAGGAGGGGAAAUUGACGAAUGGAAUCGAGAAUACUUCCCAAAAAAAUUAAUGCAAGAACUGAAAGAAGAAUUGGAAGUGAAGAAACUAAAGCCUUAA